UGGAAUAUCAUUACAAAUUUGCGUAAGCAAAUGGCCAUGAACGUUUCCCAACUGAUUCAAGUAUGCAUCUGGUGUGAGUGAAGAGCAAUGCCAGGUCGAGUGACUGCUAGUUAGACGAGUUUGAAUUAAAUGCUGCUGAAACGAAAAUGCUCUAAUAGUUCAAGAUCUUGAUCACUUAAAAAUAUGACACAACAGGUUGAAAUAUGCAACAGAUUAUGCAAAUGGAGAAGAAGUUAUGCUGUAAAAAAUGGAAAAGAUCAUGGGACUACCGGCUCGAGCAACGAAGACAAAACUAAAGAGCCUUUAUGGAAAAGACGUUACACCAUCGCACUCCAUGGAUUUGCCAUUUAUUUUCUUCUGAAUGCUCAUAGAAUUAACUUGAGUGUAGCCAUAGUAGCUAUGGUGGACUCUUCGGAUCAUGAAAAUGAUACCAUGAAAUCAAUCUCAAAUGCAUCGACAGAAAUGAUCAGUGAGCUUUCUCAUGAUCAACAAGCUACAAAGUAUAACUGGAGUCCGAAAAUCCAAGGCGGUAUUUUAGGAGCUGGAUUCUUUGGAUAUGUGUUGUUUUUAAUAGCGGGAGGAAAGCUGGCUGAAACGUUUGGUCCUAAAAUCGUACUGAUCAUCGGAACGUUCCUUUCCUCGUUCAGCACCAUGGUUACUCCAUUUACAGCCAAUGUCAGCCCUUAUUUUGUGAUGUUUAUUCAAUGUGUACGAGGAAUUGCACAGGGCUGUAUGUUUCCAUCAAUGACAGUUCUAUCUGCAAACUGGUUUCCCAAGCCAGAGCGAGGACUUCUAUCUGGUCUUGCCCUUUCUGGAUACAUUCUUGGACUGCUACUGGUUGGAAUUUUAUCAAGUAUAAUGUGUGAUAGUGUCGCCAUAGGGGGUUGGCCUUCAGUUUUUUAUGUCUUUGGAGGAUUUGGAAUUUUCAUUUCAAUACUUCAGCUGCUUUUUUUGACGAACAUGCCUGAAGACGAUCCAAGAAUAUCAAGCGCAGAAUUGAAAUACAUUUUAGAUAAUCAGGAAAAUAAAUUAACUACAAAGAGACCAGCUGUUCCGUGGCGGAGAAUAUUGAGUUCUAUGCCAACGUAUGCCUUGUUUCUUGGCGCAUUUGGUAAAUAUUGGCUAUGCAUUCAUUUCCUGUCAGUUCAUCCAACAUUUCUAGCAACCGUUCUUCAUUUUCCGAUGAAGCAGAAUGGAGUACUGGUUUCCGUGCCUCACGUGCUUUCGAUGCUCUGCAAUGUGGUAUCGAGCGUAUUGUCUUCGUUUUUGAGUUCAAAAAAUUACUUAAGUAUAAGCAUACUUAGAAAAUUUUGGCAUCUUCUUGGUUGCUUGCUGUAUUCCCUAUGCCUUGUUGCAAUGAUUGUAUCUAAUUCUGACAGCACAGUGACAAUCACCUGCACCAUUAUUGGAAUAUCUGUUUUUGGAUUUGCCAAUAGCGGUAUCAUGAUUGUGCCUUUAGAUAUGACACCAACUUUUGCAGGUUCCUUGAAUGCCUUAAAUGCCUCGAUCGGAUCUGUUGCUGGAUUUAUACUUCCUAUGGUAUGUGGUGCUUUGACGAAUGAAGAGCAAACAGUACAGCAGUGGAACAAAUUUUUCAUCCUUAGCAUUGUAAUAGCCAUGAGUACGGCAAUAUUUUUUUGCGUAUUUGGAUCUUCAGAAGUUCAAAGCUAUAAUUUUGCUGCCGAAGACGUGUCUCCAAGGACAGAAGAAAGGAAAAAUGAUUCAAAAGCUGUUGAAUCGAAAGACACUUCGUAAUUUUUCAACAACAUGCGAAUAGAAUUCUAAUUGCACAAAUGCUGAACAAGUUUUAUGAAUAUUCUAUUUUUACGUUUAGAACAUCAUUAAAACAUGUAUUCAUUACACAUUUCAGAGAAGCAAUUGUGUAAGUACAGGUACAAGAUUGAUGUAAACCCCAGAUAGCUCAACCCACUGUUGCGUGUGUGUCAUUUAAUUGUACUUUUCGUCCAAACGUCCACUUUUUCAUGGAUCGGGUGAGCUAUAAGCCUGAGCUCGAAUUUUGUCUCCCGCAAAAUGUAA